UCGGCUCUCUCUCCCCAACCCCAAAAGAGAGAAAAGGUUUAUCAUAAUAUUGAAGGUAUUUCAGGUAUAUUUUGGUAUAGGAUUCCUUCAAGUGUUGACUUAAGGUGUCCGUCGAGAAUCGAAAACGGAAAUUUGAAAACGCAAACGGAGUAGAAAGAAAAUUCAUCCGCUGGACAAUUGCGCGCGAUUUUGUGUGUGUUUUUACUGUUUACGUUUUGGACGUUUUUGUGUUUUUGCCACCUUCAGCAGUUGCACCGUUGCACGUGUGGAAAACGGAGGGAAAAAUCAUUAGAUCAAGAUCAAGGUCGUCGAGGUAUUUGAAGCAGUCCUCAAAAAAGUUCGCUCGCCCGCGACGGGGAUUGUUUCCGUACACGCAGACCGAAUGAUGUGGGUUUUUAUUUGUUGAUAUGAAAGCGGCGAGCUUUCAUUGUUGACAUUCCUAGUCGUACUGCUUCACCAGUGGGAGCUGCAAAGUAACUACCAGGAAUCUUUGCUGAGCAAAGGAAAACAACAUUGAAACAGUAAAAACUGGCUAUGCAUCAGUCGCGAUUUAUGCCUCAUGCUCACACAAUGGUUCACCCAAUGGGGAAUUAUCAGCCAAAUGGUCAAUUUUUUCCCAUUCAAAACCAGGGAUACUACGCUAAUAGUUCCAAUGGAGCACAUCAGGAGUUCAAUCAGUUCAAUCGCAAUGGUUCCAAUUACAUUAACAGACAACGUGUGACGCAGCAAGGCUCGUAUCAGCAAGAUCAAUCCCCGCGUUACAACAACGGCCACGAGAUUCACAGUCCAAAUUACAGGCCGUUUAACACAAGACGCGGAGGAGGAGGAAGAGGUGGUGGUGGUGGAGAUAGUAAGGGUAAUUUGACCCUAAAUGAUUGGUUACAACGGUUAAACUCCCCCAACAACCAAAAUUACCAUCAAAACUACCAUGGACCCGUAACGACUUCUCUACAUCUGAAUAGACAUCAUUCGAACGGUUUUUGUGUGACACCAGUGGCCUCGCGCUGUAAUAAUUACCGGCCUAACGAAAAUGUAAAGAAAAACAAAUGGAACAGCAAUAACAAACUCGGUAAAAGGCAUCAGACUUAUCAGGAGCAACAACAGAUGGACCAGCAACAACAACAACAGCAGCAGCAGCAGCAGCAGCAGCAGCAGCAGCAGCAGCAGCAGUUGAAGGAUAAUGCAAGUUGUAGUAACAGCGAUAGUGGCUUCAGCUCGCGAUCUCCUACGCCGAAUAAACAUUGCAGAGAAGAUAGUCAAACUGAGAGCUUGGAUGAUCGGGAAUCGCUACAUUCGUGCACCUCCGAGCCUAAGAAUAAACAGAACAAGAAUGCCAGGACGAACAAUAAUCGAGGAAAGUUCGCAUCAGGCAUGACGACGAGUAAUCUGUACCAAAACGAAAACACGGUUCAAAACUACCAGAACAGAAAAAAAUAUUUCUCAACAAGAACCAGUCCUAACUUACAAAGACAACGAGGGAAAAAAUUCAAUGGAACGAUGAUGCCUGAGAUACCAAUGCUUCCAAAAUUAUUUUACACUCCAGCAGAUCGUUUUAUCGAUAGAGCACCACAUCUUCUGCAAUACGAAAAGCCUACAAAUCUGGUGACAGGUUCGCCCUAUGAUGAAUUGUCAAAAGCUGUUUGGGAUAAAUUUGAGCAGAACCAGCUAAGCUACAGCACUUUUGUUAAAAAGAUGAUACUGUGGAGGCAACUGCUGUUUUUUAUUAAGGCCAGAUUCCCCUAUUACAACUUGUAUAUGGUCGGUUCUACACUGAAUGGUUUCGGAACCGAUAGUAGUGAUGUAGAUAUGUGCCUGUUCGUCAGAGAUACGGCAAUCGAUCAAAGAACUGAAGCUAUUAUUCGCCUUGGUCAAAUUAUGUCCUGCCUUAGAAAGACUGAUUGUAUCACUAACUUGGAAUUAAUACAAGCCAGAGUGCCAAUUUUGAAGAUACAUGACAGUGUCUGUAAUUUAGAUGUCGAUUUAAACUACAACAAUGUAGUAGGCGUUCGAAACACUCAUCUAAUGUAUUGCUACUCACGAAUUGACUGGCGGGUUAGGCCCUUAGUACUGGUGGUAAAAAUGUGGGCACAGUGUCAAAAUAUCAACAAUGCCAGGCAUAUGACGUUAUCUAGUUAUUCAUUAGUGCUCUUGGUGAUACAUUUUUUGCAAUGCGGAGUGAAUACGCCUGUGCUGCCAUGUUUGCACAACCUGUUUAAGGGCAAGUUUGACCCCUUCUCUGACAUUCGCAGCAUUGACAUUCACGAAGAAUUAAAUAUUCCGAGUUAUGCAUUAGAGCCUCGCAACACUCAAACGCUUGGAGAGCUUCUAAUCGAGUUUUUCCGAUACUACGAUUCGUUUGAUUUUGAUCAAUAUGCAAUAUCAGUUCGAUUAGCUGCAAAAAUACCAAUCGAAGCAUGUCGGUAUUAUCGUGCCUUAAAAAAUGAUCCUCAUCAAUGGAAAUAUCUGUGCAUAGAAGAACCCUUUGAUUACACCAACACAGCGAGAUCUGUUUAUGAUCCAGCUGCUUUUCAGAUGAUCAAGGAUAUUUUCAAACAAACGUAUGAGCAACUGAACAAAACUAAAAAUCUAAACAGUAUUUUUACACAUUUGGAAAAUAAUAACAGCAAUAAUCCAUGAUAGCAUACCUUCUAAUCCUUAAGAGGUCGAGUUUUCAUGCUUACGUCAACGAUUAUUUAAAUAUCGCAAAAAAGAAACUUAAGGCUUAAAAGUACUAAAACAAUAUACACUGGAAGUGAAAGGUAUUAUAAUACUGUUCUUUAAAGCUGUCUGUGUAUUCUCUUGUUUAAGAAUAUUUUUGUUAUAUUUAUAUUUACACUAUUUUUUGAUGAAUUUUUUGAGGGAAACUAUUGUUUGGUUUGAAAAGAGAAAAAGAAAGAAAGAAACAGCAAAUCCGAAAUGGUUGUAUAGUGUCAAAAACGCGUAACGUGUUUAAUGUUACACGUAUUUAUUGUGCAAUAAACUAGAAAUCGUGGUUUUUGGAAGGUAUCCUUAUAAUAUAAAAAGGACGCGUAGGAGAAGUCUUAUUGUUGUAGAGCUUCAGAAUUGCGUAUAAUCGUUUAUGAGUGAAUCGAUGAUCGUUUCAAAAGUCAUGAGUUUCUCGUUCAAAUCUUUAUUAAAAUAUUUAAGAACCUGUACAGGUCAAUAGUUCAUCAAAAUAUUCAUUUUGAUCAGGAAUGUGUUUUCUAAAAACAGUUUCUGGCUAAACUUGUAAAAAUUUUGUU